UAUUAAGCAGACAAUAACUGUACGCUUCUCUUGGCAAGCUCAGUAACCAGAGACUUCAAAUGGCUCUUCCAAUUUUCAAACCCGAUCUCCUCCAUCUCUUCUCCAUCUCCCUCUUUCUGUUCACCUCCGUUUCAAUCUCUCACAGCCACUCCAACGAUUUCUGCGAGGCUGGAGCUCUGUACGGCGCAGCCGGAUGUGGAAUUUCGCCGCCGUUGUCGUCGGCGAAGCUGCUGAUCAAGGGAGGAACGGUCGUCAAUGCUCAUCAUCAAGAGGUUGCCGAUGUUUAUGUGGAGGAUGGAGUUAUUGUUACCGUCCGGCCGAAUCUCAAGGUUGGGGAUGAUGUGCAAGUAUUGGAUGCCACAGGGAAACUCGUCAUGCCAGGGGGAAUUGAUCCUCACACGCACUUAGCUAUGGAGUUCAUGGGUACCGAGACGAUUGAUGACUUUUUCAGCGGCCAAGCUGCAGCAUUAGCAGGUGGAACCACCAUGCAUAUUGACUUUGUUAUACCAGUCAAUGGCAGCUUAACGGCUGGUAUUGAAGCUUAUGAGAGGAAGGCACAGAAGUCUUGCAUGGACUAUGGUUUCCACAUGGCGAUUACCAAGUGGGAUGAAGAUGUUUCCAGGGACAUGGAAAUUAUGGUGAAAGAGAAAGGGAUCAACUCUUUCAAGUUUUUCCUAGCUUACAAGGGGUCCCUAAUGAUUAGUGAUGAACUGUUAUUGGACGGAUUGAAGCGGUGCAAGUCUCUUGGUGCAUUGGCAAUGGUUCAUGCUGAAAAUGGAGAUGCUGUAUUUGAAGGACAGAAUAGGAUGAUAGAGCUCGGUAUCACUGGUCCUGAGGGACAUGCUCUUUCCAGACCUCCAGUGUUGGAAGCAGAGGCAACUGCCCGAGCAAUUCGUUUAGCAAGUUUCGUGAACACGCCACUUUAUGUUGUUCAUGUGAUGAGCAUUGAUGCAAUGGAAGAAAUAGCUAAAGCCCGUAAAUCAGGGCAGAAAGUUGUUGGGGAGCCCGUGGUUUCUGGACUAGUCCUGGAUGACUCAAAGCUUUGGGAUCCAGAUUUCAGCAUUGCCUCAAAGCAAGAACUAGCACUUUACAUAUAUUGUUGUUGUUUCUUCUUUUGUAUUUUUGCUAUUUUAUAUGUCAUGAGCCCUCCCAUUAGGGCACUUGGACAUGCAAAGGCCCUGCAAGCUGCACUUUCAACCGGGAUUCUUCAGCUUGUUGGAACGGAUCAUUGCGCAUUUAACUCUACUCAGAAAGCUUUUGGAAUUGAUGAUUUCCGCAAAAUACCAAAUGGUGUUAAUGGUAUUGAGGAGAGAAUGCAUUUGGUGUGGGAUACAAUGGUGGAAACUGGGCAAAUGUCAGUUACUGACUAUGUCAGAGUAACAAGCACUGAAUGUGCCAGGAUCUUCAACAUAUAUCCAAGAAAAGGAGCAAUUCUAGCUGGUUCUGAUGCCGACAUAAUUAUUUUCAAUCCAAAUAGCAGUGUUGGGAUAAGCGCUAGGUCUCACCAUUCCAGAACAGAUACCAAUGUCUACGAGGGCAGGAGGGGCAAGGGAAAGGUUGAAGUGACAAUUGCUGGAGGAAGAGUAGUUUGGAUAAAUGAUGAACUCAAGGUAUCCCCUGGUUCUGGGAAGUACGUAGAAAUGCCUCCUUUCAACUAUCUUUUCAGCGGAGUUGACAAAGCAGAUGAUUCAUAUCUAGCUUCACUUAACGCACCCGUAAAGCGUUCCAAAUCCACGAGGUGUAGGGGUGAGGUCAAUGGACUCGUCUCCCAAGUCUCCCAAGCUGGAAUUGUGCCUGAGAUCACCCUUCAUCAUCUUCCUCUUGGCCCGAGCUUCCGAGAAGAUGGUUGUGUACGUAGAACGGCUUGGACUAGCGCCCCCUUUCGAUUCCCACUCUCCGAAUUGAGGAACGGCCUUCCACCCAUUAUUGCCCUGUCAUGCCAUCCAGAGAUGGUUCUGUGGACUUGA